AUGCAUUUGGGCACUUUCGAUGGGGAAAACGAUCAGCUUCAAUGGUCAGUGAACAAGUCAAUGGAUCGAAAUCCAAAGUUCUGCAGAUACCGUAAUGAGAAGAAGUUCAGUGAGUCACAGAAAAGUCUUUUUGAUGAGCUUCGCGGCUUGCAGAAAAGCAACUCAGCAGCAAAUCUGGCCACAACAAGCGGUAGCGAUUUGUAA